AUGGAAGAUCCUCUCGAAAGUUCAGCCGAUUCAUCCUCAACUCACGCCGAACAAUCCUUCGGCAACCCACCCGACCCUUGUGCCAUUAAUCUGGCUCGUUACCUGAACCUCAGUGAUCUCGGUAAUCCCUUCCGGCUAGAUAACGGCGACAAUCCUGCUGUUAUUCUCGUCACCGAUUUGUUCACCACAGAUAAUUACAUCACUUGGUCGCGUGCUAUGCGACGGGCCCUUCAUGCCAAAAAUAAAUCAGGGUUUAUCUCUGGAGAUAUCCCUAAACCAAUCGACCCUACAGACCCUCUCCUUGAGCUCUGGGAGCGUUGCAACGACAUGGUAGUGUCGUGGAUUCAAAACUCCAUCAGCUCUUCAAUCAAAUCCAGCAUGGUGUUCGUUGAUGAUGCACGCGACAUAUGGCUUGAUCUUCAAACCCGAUUCUCUCAUCAAAAUGGUCCUCGGAUUUUCCGGCUAAAGAAAACCUUAGCCAGCCUUGUUCAAGACGCAGACUCUGUCAGUAUCUAUUAUGGUAAGCGUAAAACUCUUUGGGAUGAGCUUUCCAUUUACGAUCCAAUCCCUAUGUGUACUUGUGGAAUUGCGAAAACUCUUCUGGAUAGAUAUCAACGUGACUCUGUUUUUCAAUUUCUUAUGGGUUUACAUGAUACCUAUUCUAAUGUACGUGACCAAAUCAUGAUGUUAGACCCUCUCCCACCUGUAAGCAAGAUUUUCUCCCUCAUCCAACAACAAGAGCGACAACACCAGCUUCUUCCCCCUAACCCAUCCCCUGACUCAAUGGCCUUAGCCAUCAAACGACCUUUCAUCCAACCUGCUAAGCCAUACACUCCGACCAAAUUUCCCCCUAAGAAAGACCGUGCCUAUUAUACCCAUUGUAAGAUUUCUGGUCACAUUUGA